AUGAAGCUCGCUUUGUUUAGCGCCAAGCCGUACGACAAGAAGUACUUUGACGCCGCCCGGGCCGCGAGACAAGCUGACGAGACCAACAUCGAGGUCGUGUACCACGAGGCAUCUCUCAACGACGACACGGUCGCCCUGGCCGAGGGAUACGACGCCGUGUGCGUCUUCGUCAACGACUCGCUGGGUGCCGCCGUCAUCGACCAACUGGCCGGCCAUGGAGUCAAGGCGAUCCUCCUGCGAUGCGCCGGCUUCAACAACGUGGACCUAGCGGCCGCCGAGAAACACGCCAUGGCCGUCGCCAACGUGCCGUCGUACUCGCCAGAGGCCGUCGCCGAGUUCGCAGUCGCCCUCAUCCAGACCUUGAACCGCAACACGCACCGGGCCUACAACCGCGUCCGAGAAGGCAACUUUGCCCUCGACGGCCUGCUGGGCCACACGCUCCACGGCAAGACGGUCGGCUUCGUGGGAACAGGCAAGAUCGGCCUCGCCACGGCCCGCAUCAUGAAGGGUUUCGGAUGCAACGUCGUUGCCUAUGACCCGUUCCCGUCGCCAGCCUUCGAGCAGGUCGGCCGAUACAAGCCCCUGGACGAGCUGCUUCCGGAGUGCGACAUUGUCAGUCUGCACUGUCCCCUGACGGACACCACCCGCCACAUCAUCAACCAAGAGAGCCUCGCCAAGAUGAAGGAGGGGGCGAUGCUGGUCAACACGUCCAGAGGCGGCCUCAUCGACACGAAAGCGGUCAUCAAGGCCCUCAAGAGCAGACGCCUCGGGGGGCUGGCCCUGGACGUGUACGAGGGCGAAGGGUCGCUCUUCUACAACGACCACUCGGGGGAGAUCAUAGACGACGACGUCCUGAUGCGUCUGACCACGUUCCAUAACGUACUGGUGUGUGGACACCAGGCCUUCUUCACGGUUGAAGCCUUGACCGAGAUUGCCCACUGCACGUUUCGAAACGUCGACGAGCUCAUCAGGGAUGGAACGUGCAGGAACUUGCUGACCAAGGGCCUGGUGCUGCACAGGCCGCCGUCUCUGCCGGUCAGAAAUGUGUAG